AAGUUUAAGUGUAUCGUAGAAGAACUCUUGCAGGAGAAGAAAUAUCCCAUAAGACAAGUCUUUUGUAUUAUAAUGGUUCUUCCUCAUUCAUGCACAUGAAGCCAUUCAAUCUUCAGACUUGGAGGACACAUACUCAUCGUGAGAAUCUCUCUCAUGUCCGACAAGAAUCAGGACUCGAGUUCCUGCAGACACUACACGAGUCAACUGUAUCUGAGGAUAUAAAUGAAGCCAUCUUUGCAGCAAACCCUCUGACGACAACAGCCACUUUCCAAGGAGGACCAGGUUACCACCCUUAUAUACCUAACCAACACCAUAAUCAAUAUCAUCAGUUGCAAUCCUACAACACAAAAGCGACAGCUAUAGCCGCAGCUCUACCAACUUUUCAUCCUUCCUCUUCUUCUUCUUUUACCGCCACUACUACAGUUGGCCCUACUACAGCUCGUCUUAUUGGGUCAUCAGAACCAGGUCAAGUCUUGGGUCUCGAUGGAAUUGAUCUGCUUCUCAAGAAACACGGCCUAUUAUUUCCCGGUGACAUGAUCGAUUUCUUUGGCCCCCCAAGCAGCGGUAAAACUCUGAUGCUCUACGCCAUCAUCAUUGCUACUAUCUUGCCCAAAACUUGGCGGUACUCGACCAGUGCCCCCAAUAAUCCUGUCAUUCCUCUUCGAGGCAAAGCUAGAAGCGUCGUCUUCUUAGACAUGGAACAGGGUUUUGAUGCUCAAAAGUUGAAGCACAUGCUUUGUCGUGAAAUUGAAAAAAGGGCCAUACAGUAUCAACAAGAGCAACAGCAACAGCAACAGCAACAGCAACAGCAACAACAACAACAACAACAACAACAACAACAGGAAAAAGAAGAGCAACAGGAAGGACUAGAGUACAAUUAUAGCCCGGUCAAUGUCUAUUCUACAGAGAUGCAGGCCAAAAUCGAUCAAUUGGCUCUUUCAUGUCUCAGAAACGUCCACGUUUUUCGUCCACAUGAUGCCAUCUCCGCAAUCGUCAUCCUCCGGACCUUACCCUCCUAUAUUGCCCGCAGCACUACUAUGAACUCUGUCAUUCACCCUACUUCCACCACCAAUCCAUCAUCAUCGACAGCAGCAAGGGCAACAACAACAACAAUGCCAGGAAUACUAGCUUCAUCAAAAUCAAAACUUAAUCCCCCGUUUGCUCUUCUGGUCCUCGACUCGCUUUCUUCGUUCUUUUUCCUGGAACGCGCUCAAUCCCAUGCCCUGACCAUUAACAAAGUCUCUCGUCACAACCGCUUCACAACCACCUUAGUCGAUGCCUUGAAUAGUAACAAUAGAACCAAAAUCUGUAUUUCAGGCACAAAUGCUUAUCCCUUCCUCGGAACAUUCACGUCGACCAGAGCUUUUUCGAUUCUCAAUAUGUGAUCGAGAAGGUUUUUCUUCCUUCAGUGUGCCAGAACUCCAGUAAAACCUUGAGUGCAGUUAUAAGUAUAAUGACAACUUCCUGUCGAAGUUACUAGAAAAAGAUACUUUUUGAUUCAAUCA